CGAGACUAUGGAGCGGAAUUGAUUGACCGUUUAGCUGAUAAAGCGACCACUAACUUGCCUUCGUCAGCUUCGAUUGAUCCCUCCAAGUUGCGCAUCUACUUUACAAAAUCUCUAAAUGAAAUGCAGAACGCACGGGCGAAACUAAUAUCUGAGUCGGCACGCUUAGAGGAUCAGUGUCGCCAAGGUAACGCAACUUUUUUGUCGGAAAUGACACAGUUGAGUGAACAGCUUUUGGAAGCAAAUAGUGCAUUCAAGGAACUUGAUUCGAAGAUAAAUGUGGUUUCAGGCAAGAUUAUUCACCUUGGAGAUCAACUCGAGCGGAAGAACUCCCCUAGGGAAAGUCUUCGAGAAGCCCGCCGGCUAAUUCUUGAAUUUUCUAAGUUCCUUGGAGCUGGAGGCGGAACAUUUGCCAAUCUGUCUGUUAAUUCGCAAGCAGAUGAAACACAGCUUAUGGAAAAAGCUAAUAGCAUUCGGUCUCUAAGCGCACUUUGUUUAGAACUGCCCGAUGAUGAACGUUUCCUCAUUGCUAAGCAGAGAAUUACUGUAGCCAGCCAGAAUCUGGAAAAUCUGCUAGUCAAGCGCUUCCGCUAUAACUUCUCAGUCGAGAAUGACGAGAUGAUGCGUCGCAUUGCUGAAGUUCUCACCUUUUCCAAGAGCCACUCUGGAUGUGCUGAUGUUUUUAUCGAAGAAAUGCUUAAGUGCCUACCUAAAGAUUUAGGUGACUUAUCAAUGUUACCCGACAUUCUUGGAGAAACUGAGGCUAAAAUCAUACGAAUUUUUCGUCGACCUGAGAAUGUUGUGUUUCAUCUAAUCCAGGCCCUGUUUUCUCGAAAUUUGAAGGCUCAUUUUCAAUCUAGAGUUCAAUUGGACAUGCCCACAGACGUCUUUCUCACCAACCUCUACACGGAAUACUGCAACCUGGACCGUCUGGUGUUUCAACUGCUGGAGCGUCUUCAGCUCCUGUCCGACGAAACUCAGCUGUACAAACUCCUCGACAGCAUCUCCGCGGAAGUCCUUCAGGGCUACCAGUUCCGUGAAAUAAGCUGGCUCACCGAACACCUCACCGGCCACCUCAUCACCUACUACAUCUCCCAGAACCACCAGAAGCGGAAUAUCAGCUCCACUGGGUUUUAUGAGCUCAAGAGUGCUGUCCAAUCACGUCUCCACAUUAACGUCGACCGGGAAGUUGUCGCAGAAAAAAUCCUUAUCUCCCAGGAGGUUGCAAUUAACAUUCUCGAUGACAUCCGACAGUCAGCAAAACGUUGUAUGCUUCUUUCAAAGGCGUCAGAUCGACCGCAAUUUGGGUUGAAGUUGUUUGACAUGCUUCUGCGGUAUCUUGUCAAUGAACACAUCGACUAUGGAAUAACUCUGGCCUUGCAAACCUUGAACACUACAGACCCGAAGUCCUCGGAACCGUCGUUUACGUUCUUCUCCGCCGUGAAUGAAGGAACAACAUUGUUCAAUUUCUUUGACAAAGCCGUCAACGAGUUCAUCGGGCCCCUUCUAGCUGGCAGUGCAGCGCACCUGCAGACUUGCGCUGCUAGGCGGCAGGAGGUACGACGCAACCUUGAGGUCAAGUUCUCGUCUGGUCUGGAGCGGUGCAUUGAUCUUGCACUAAGCCGCGUACAGGCCAUUCUGGCAAGUGAGCAAAAGAAGUCCGAUUACAAGGGGGACGUUGACCUGGUGAAUUCGCGAAAUCUCAUGACCGGCCUCCCCGCUUGCUCGGCGGCGUGCGAAGACGUUUGCAAGUUUAUCCGCAAGGUAAUAACAGACGCAAAGCAGAACCUAGAUGGUGGAUUCGUGGCAAUGCAAGAUGUUACAGCUUACCGCGACGCUGCACGUGAAUUCAACGGCCCGAAGAUCGACUACCUAUUUGAUAUCCUAUUAAAAUUAAUGAAUCUGAUGUUGAUAAAGCCACAAAAUGUGCGUCAGGUUUGGCAAGACUACGAACAAUCCGGAAUUCCGAAAGAACUCCUUGGAAAUUUUAUACAACUAAGAGCCGACUAUAAAUCGAGGCUCCAAACUGAGGUCAGGCGCUACUUGGACGCGUCCCGGUGA